AUGGAUAAAUUAACAUUAGAUAGACAUGCAAUGAAGGACCGGGCUACGUCUCAUCUUCGGAUAUAUGUUGGUGGUUUAACGGACAAAGCUACAGUGGAGGAGCUAUAUGACCAUUUUAUUCAUUUUGGACAAAUUAACGGGAUCAUUGUGAACAGAAAUUUUGGGUUUGUACAGUUCGAAAAAGAAACAAGUGCUCAAGAAGCUAUAGCUAAGAGUAAUGGCAGUAUUUUUCAAGGCAAGACGUUAUGCGUAAGAACAGCGCAAACCACCGAUAAAAGCAGGCGAGAAACAGAGGUUGUCGUAAUAAAUCCAGAAGUGCCGCCUGCUGUAGCACUUAGUGAAAAAUAUCUACCCGAAGAAAGUAAUGAUGAACCCUAUGAUAGUUAUGGCAAUUAUAUUGGAGAUAAGAGAAUGCCUAAUACAGAUUACAGGGAAGAAGAAUAUGAUGAGGGUUAUGGUAAGGGAUGGGGAGAAGGACGUGAGGGUCGCGAAGGUAACGAGCCCCGGGGGGCAUUGAGAGGUCGAGGCGGGCCUAGAGGACGUAGUACAGGCAGAGGCCGUGGUGGUGUCCCUAGUUACAGGGAUCGCACUCCUGUUGGUGGAAGAGGCAGUGAAUGGCCAGAAAGAUCAGGCUUUGAUCGUUAUCCUCAGCAAAUGUCAGAAUACCCUAGGAGUUUGCCAGUUACAGAGAGAAAUGACUGUGAAAUAAUUGUAGUCUCCAAAGCUCUUACAGAGUAUGCUGAAUACAUAGAAGGUAGAUUGAAAAGAUUGGGAAUUGUAGUAGACUUGUUGUUUCCAAUGGAAGAUGUGCCAAUUGGAAAAGUUUUGGGUAAUAUUGCUUCUCGUGGCUGCCUCUACGCCAUUUUAGUCAUGCCGCAAAAUGAGGAGCAUAGGUCAUUGACUCUGACUAUACUACAUGGACUGCCACAAGAGCAUCGAAAUAUGCCUAUAGACGACGCUCUGCAGUUGCUUUCUCGUAAUUUUCAAGAAGUGCAACAUGGCGGAUCCUCAGGUCGAGAAGCUGUUUACGCUUUGUUAGGUCAAUUAGCAGAUGGCCGUUCUCUUACUGUGUUACAAUAUGACAAAGUGAUAGAAUAUUUACAGGACCGCAAAGAGCAUCAAAUAAAAAUUGAAUUGGGAGAACCUUUAGUCACCACAACAACAAACAGCAAAGCUCAAGUUGAUCUACAGCAGAGAAUUAUGAGUAUUCUCAAUGAAAAGAAAGUGGUACUAUCUCAGAAGGAACCUUCUCCUACACCACCACCAACCGUGGCACAAGGCGCUCAACACAAACUAUUGAACGAUCCCACAUUGAAAAAAGCUCUAGAUUCAAUUUUGCAAAAAUAUGUU